ACAUCAUUCAGUCAGUGGGAGGAAGAGCAGCUUCACUUCACCUCAGACAUGAAGGACUAAUAGACUUUAUUUACAUUUUUAUUUUUAACGCUACUUCAUUUCUUUCUCUGUGCAUGCCGUGAUGUACAGAGUGAGCACCUUGCGCAGGAGGAAAACAUACAUGUUGCGGAAGUAUUUCGGCGGAGAAAGGAAAGGCGAGCUGGCUAACUUUUGCUAGCUAGCGAGCGAGCUAAUUCGUUAGCAACGCAUCUUAUUAAGCUAGCUGAAGUAAGCUAAGCUAAAAUCCUGAGGAUGCUGCGGUGGAUCCGGCAACAGCUGGGUUUUGACCCGCCGCAUCAAAGUGACACCAGAACCGUUUACAUCGCAAACCGCUUCCCUCAACAUGGACAUUACAUUCCACAGAGGUUUGCGGACAACAGAAUCAUCUCCUCCAAGUACACCAUAUGGAACUUCAUUCCCAAAAAUCUGUUCGAACAGUUCAGAAGGAUAGCCAAUUUUUACUUCCUCAUCAUCUUCCUUGUCCAGUUAAUGAUAGACACACCAACUUCCCCUGUGACAAGUGGACUUCCCUUAUUUUUUGUCAUCACAGUAACUGCCAUUAAACAGGGCUACGAGGACUGGCUGAGACACAAAGCCGAUAAUGAAGUAAACGGUGCUCCAGUAUUUGUGGUGCGCAGUGGCGGUUUGGUGCAGACUCGCUCCAAGAAUAUACGAGUUGGAGACAUAGUGCGAGUAGCAAAAGAUGAAACGUUUCCAGCUGAUUUGGUGCUUCUGUCUUCAGACCGCGCAGAGGGGACGUGUCACAUCACAACAGCCAGUUUAGAUGGAGAGACAAAUCUGAAGACUCACUACGCGGUACCGGAGACGGCUGUGUCCCAGUCUGUGUCACGGCUCGAGGCCCUGCAGGCCGUGGUGGAGUGCCAGCAGCCUGAGCCUGAUUUAUACAGAUUUGUUGGAAGAAUCACAGUAACACAAUAUGGAGAAGAGAUUGUCAGACCUCUAGGACCAGAAAACCUCCUGCUUCGAGGGGCUCGAUUGAAAAACACCAAAGAGAUCUUUGGUGUGGCUGUGUACACAGGCAUGGAGUCCAAGAUGGCUCUGAAUUACAAGUGCAAGUCCCAGAAGCGCUCAGCAGUAGAGAAAUCGAUGAACACAUUUCUCAUCAUCUAUUUGAGCAUCCUGCUUUUUGAGGCUGUCCUUAGCACCAUUUUGAAAUACGCCUGGCAAGCAGAGAACAAAUGGGACGAGCCAUUCUACAACAAGAAGACAGAGACAGAACGCAACAGCAGCCAGAUUUUGAAGUUCAUCUCUGAUUUCCUGGCCUUUCUGGUACUGUACAACUUCAUUAUCCCUAUCUCACUGUAUGUCACUGUGGAGAUGCAGAAGUUUCUGGGUUCCUUCUUUAUCGGCUGGGAUCUCGACCUCUACCACGAGGAGAGUGACCAAAAAGCCCAGGUCAACACUUCUGACCUCAAUGAGGAGCUCGGGCAGGUGGAGUAUGUUUUUACUGACAAGACAGGAACUUUGACCGAAAAUGAAAUGCAGUUUCGUGAAUGCUCCAUUAACGGCGUCAAAUACCAAGAGAUUAACAGCAAAUUGGUCCCCGAGGGAAUGACGGAGGACGUCCCGGACAUCGGAUCUGUUUCUCGCCUGAGCAGGGAAGAGGAGCUGUUCCUGAAAGCAGUCUCUCUGUGCCACACAGUUCAGAUCAGUUAUGAUCAGACAGACGGUGUGUCUGAUCCUUUCUCACACGCUAAUGGAUUCACCCCUCAGAUGGAGUACUACGCCUCCUCUCCUGAUGAGAAAGCCCUCGUGGAAGCCACCAAGAGGAUGGGCGUGGCCUUUGCUGGAAGUAAUGGAGAAAUCAUGGAGAUCAAAACAUUCGGCAAAUCAGAAAAGUAUAAACUACUUCAUGUAUUAGAGUUUGAUGCAAACCGAAGGCGCAUGAGUGUGAUAUUACAGGCUCCCUCAGGGGAGAAGGUGUUAUUCACUAAAGGAGCCGAGUCCUCUGUUCUUCCCUACGCCAAGAGUGGAGAGAUCGAGAAGACCAGAGUGCAUGUGGACGAAUUCGCUCUGAAGGGUCUGAGGACACUUGUGGUGGCCUACAGGCUCUUCAGCGCGGAGGAGUAUAAGGAAGUAGAACGGCGGCUCCACGGGGCUAGAACUGCUCUCCAGCAGAGAGAAGAGAAGCUUAGUGAAGCCUUUAACUUUAUAGAGAAAGACCUGCAAUUGCUCGGAGCCACUGGAGUGGAAGACAAGCUGCAGGAGAAGGUCCAGGAGACGAUUGAGGCUCUGCGAUUGGCUGGAAUUAAAGUAUGGGUGCUAACAGGAGAUAAACAUGAGACAGCGGUCAGUGUUAGUCUGUCCUGCGGCCACUUUCAUCGCACUAUGAACAUCCUGGAGCUUGUGCAGCAGAAAUCUGAUCAUGAGUGUGCAGAGCAGCUACGCAGACUGGCACGCAGGAUCAAAGAGGACCAUGUAAUCCAGCACGGGUUGGUGGUGGAUGGUGCAAGUCUCUCUCUGGCUCUGCGUGAACAUGAAAAGCUCUUUAUGGAAGUGUGUAAGAACUGCUCUGCUGUGCUCUGCUGCAGGAUGGCACCACUGCAGAAAGCCAAGGUGGUGCGCUUGCUGAAGACGUCUCCAGAAAAACCCAUUACAUUAGCCAUCGGUGAUGGAGCCAAUGAUGUCAGUAUGAUCCAGGAAGCCCAUGUAGGGAUUGGUAUCAUGGGAAAAGAAGGAAGACAGGCUGUGCGAAACAGUGACUAUGCAAUCGCUAGGUUUAAAUUCCUCGCCAAGUUAUUGCUCGUCCACGGACACUUCUACUACAUUCGAAUAGCAACGCUCGUGCAGUACUUUUUCUACAAGAAUGUGUGCUUUAUCACACCGCAGUUUUUAUACCAGUUCUUCUGUCUGUUUUCACAACAAACGCUGUAUGACAGUGUGUAUCUCACACUCUACAACAUCUGCUUCACCUCCCUCCCCAUCCUGGUGUACAGUCUCUUUGAACAGUUGGUUCAUCCUCAUAUUCUACAGAGCAAGCCAGCACUUUACAGAGAUAUCAGUAAGAACUCGCUGCUGUCCUUCAAAACCUUUUUGUAUUGGACCAUCCUGGGCUUCUGCCACGCCUUCGUCUUCUUCUUUGGCUGCUACAUCCUGAUGGGAGAGGACACAAGUCUGAUGGGAAAUGGGCAGAUGUUUGGAAACUGGACGUUCGGUACGUUGGUGUUCACUGUUAUGGUCAUUACAGUAACAUUAAAGCUGGCGCUAGAGACACACUUCUGGACAUGGAUGAACCAUUUUGUCACGUGGGGCUCCAUUGCUUUCUACUUCAUAUUCUCCUUGUUCUAUGGAGGAAUUAUAUGGCCAUUCCUUCACACACAGGACAUGUAUUUUGUCUUCGUCCAGCUGAUGUCAAGCGGCUCGGCCUGGUUCGCCAUCAUCAUCAUCGUCAUCACCUGCCUGUCCCCUGAUGUCAUAAAAAAAGUGUUUUACAGACACCUGCAGCCCACCAGCACACAGAAGUCUCAGAUGUACUCCAACCGAGUUGCUAUAGGUGACGACUACAUCGCUCUGCAGCCGCUCUCCAGAGCCAAGAAUCAGCUGGGCAAGAUUAGAUGGAAGAGGAUAAAGUUUCAGUCGGCUCAGAAUAUGACUCUGCUGAAAGCAGGGACAGAGGGGAGGACAAUUGGCAACUGCUAGCUGCUUCCCCUUCCUCUACCCAUCAUGCAGUCCCCCCCUUUCCCUAGGUAGUACUGCCCAACAUAGACCUGUGAAAAUAUGUGCGUCUGUCUGUCUCUGUGUGUGCUUAUAUAUGUGUGUGUGUGUGUGUGUGUGUGUGUGUGUGUGUGGUUACUCAGGUCAUGGGGAAGGUUCAUGUUUCGGUUCUGCUCCAUCAUGUUUGUACUCUGUACUGUGCCAUCCAUCUGUCAGAGCCUGUGUGUUCUGAUCCUCACACUCGUGCCUUUAAGAUGUGCAUGCUUUUAAAUCAUUCAAUCAUUACCUAUAUUUUUGCAGUAUAUCUUUAGGAAAAAAAACAAAACACUUUAUGGUACAUUUUUGUUUGUAAUAUCCAGAUAUUAUCAUAACUGGUACUAUGAUGGGAAAGCAUGUAAUGAUUUUUUUUAUGUAUACUUGUUCAGGUAUUUUUUUAUAUUAUUAUUAUAAAUGAUUUAUACGUGACUGUAUGACUUUUUUGUCACUGUGUUUAUCUUCAUUACCAAUAAAUGUGUACUGUCAAGCAGUGUUUAGCUUCAGUAAUCAAUUAAUUCAGUAUUUUUUUUGUUUAGAAUCACAUGUGAAGGAGUGAUUUGUUAAUAUCCUUUUGUGUUUUAAUAUUACACGUCUGUUUGCAUUGAUCAUCAGCUCUUAUCAGAGAACGCAAGCUACACCUUAUUAACACCUUCACUAGCACUGUGGUGUAAUACAGCUUUAUAACAACAGCUGUAGGUCCAGUUCAUAUUACUCGGUCUAAUAUGCCAACCUGUCUGCUUGUACGAUUCUUAUAUGAUUUCAGCGGCGAUUGUACAUCGUACAAAUCUUUGUUAAAACACUUGGGUUGUACUGGUUCUAGAACUGCUAAAAUAAGAUUUCUUGUUUAAGAAGGUUUGCGACAGGUUAAAAAAUGUCCAAAUGUCGUUACUCGCUCCCCCUGAAAGCACACUCGCUUGGUUGUCGAGUUGAAUUUUGAGUCUUUGGAGACGGUCACAGCGGCUGAUGGCCCCAUUCCACUAAUGGGUCACUUUCAUUACCCACAGUCUCCCCCCUCUGUUUGGCAGCAGAAUUAUCAUGAGAAAGAUGAUCAUCGUGUCAGAAGAAGAAGAGGUAAUGUCAGGAGCUCUAUCCUAACCGCAAGCCCUUAACACAAGUAAAUCGUGACCAUGUGCACUCUUCUGCUCUCAGAACUGCUGCCUAGCGUGGUUGAUUUUCCACUCGUGCAUGGUAAUGUGUGUGAUUUUUGAGACUAGGCCUCAUACUUUCAAAAUCAGACAAGAGUGAUUUCUAUGCCGAGUGGACUGAGUGAUGAGCGUCAGUGCAAUAAGAAAGCAUUCUCCAAGUGUUCCUCACACACCCAACAUUGUACAAUUUCAUAAGACUUGAGAAAUGAAGGUCUGAAUAUGUUAUCAUUUCUAGAAUAACAGUAAAUUUAAAGGGACUUAUAAGGUCUGGCGGAUGCCUCACAGGAACAGAUAUUUAAAACGUUUUUACACGAGUUUGUCUAAGAAGAGACGUGUUAAAAUUUCACAUAUCUCUUCUGUUAGCACUUUGUAACAGUCAGAUGAAGCUUUUUCAGAUGUCUUCAUGACAGAUAAGUUUUGGAGCUUAAAAAGAAUAAAAAUGUGAGAGGCUGUUUCUAUGUUCCAUGGCAUUUAACAAUAUUAAAGGUAACUAAACAUAAGUUUGACAAGGC